UCUGUUCCGCCCCCAAACCCAAGGAAAACCAUCAUCAGCCGCUCUCUCUCUCUCUCGGCUCUCCACUUCGGCCUCCGCCUCGCUCCCACCCCAAAUUCCUCCACGGCUGGCGGCCUGAAGCCCUAGGCCACCGCCGGGACCCAAGAGCAAGCAUAUAGACGCUGCGAUCGGAAGCAGCAGUAGCCGCCGCCAUGCAGGGCUUCCCCGGCGGCGUCCCCGAUCCGCAGCAGCUCCAGGCCACCAUGCUCGCCAUCGAGCAGGCCUGCUCCCUCAUCCAGGUGCACAUGAAUCCGGCUGAAGCGGAAAAAGUUCUAAGUUCACUCCAUUCAUCUCUGAUGCCUUAUCAAGCAUGCAGAUUUAUUCUUGAGACAUCCCUAAUGCCAAAUGCGAGAUUCCAAGCUGCUGGAGCAAUUGGUGAUGCUGCAAUAAGGGAGUGGGGAAUUUUAACAGAUGACAACAAAAGAAGCCUAAUACUAUAUUGUUUGAACUACGUUAUGGAGCAUGCAGGUUCCCCUGAUGGCUACGUGCAAUCAAAAGUUUCUGCUGUGGCAGCUAGGUUACUAAAAAGAGGCUGGCUUGAGUUUCCGGAUCAAGAAAAAGGUGCUAUCUUCUUUGAGGUUGAACAGUCCAUCCGGGGCAUGCACGGGCCUAAUCGACAGUUUGCUGGGAUCAACUUCUUAGAAACCUUGGUUUCAGAGUUUUCCCCUUCAACUGCUUCUUCUAUGGGCCUGCCUAAGGAGUUCCAUGACCAAUGCCAAUUGUCACUUGAAGUGAAGUUUCUGAAGGACUUCUAUUGCUGGGCACAAGCUGCUGUAUUCAAUACCGCAGACAAAAUCUUGAAUUCAAAUGUAACUAUACCCGAGGAGAAAGCAUGUUCGGCGGCAUUGCGCCUCAUGCUUCAAAUUUUAAGCUGGAGCUUCAAGCCAACUUUGGAACAUGAGAAUUUAGAUGCCAAAAUAAAAUCUGGUUUGAGGAGCGAUGCCAUAAAUCUGAGGAAAUUCGAACGUUCAUUGGUGAAGCCAGGGUCUUUGUGGACUGAUAUUCUUAUAUCAAGUGCACAUACUAUCUGGGUUUUGAACUUCUAUACUACCCUGCGUCAGAAGUACUCGUAUGAUACACUAUGGGGUGAUUCUCCUAUUGCUGUCUCUUGCAGACAGCUCAUAGUGCAAUUAUGCUCCUUGGCAGGCGCUGUUUUUCCUAAUGAUAAUGGAGAUGCACAAAUUGAACACUUUAUGCACAUACUAUCCGCUGUUAUCUUGUGGAUUGAACCUCCGAAUGUCAUUGCGGAAUCAAUUCGAAAUGGAGGAAGUGAAAGUGAGUUCAUAGAUUCUUGCCAUGUCCUGCUUUCAGUGGCAUCUUUGACUAGUAGUUCACUUUUUGACAACCUCCUGAAAUCGAUAAGGCAAUAUGGCACAAUUAACCUGCUUUCUGCUUUGACAUCCGAAGCUGUCAAGUCUGUUCUGGAUAACCAGAAUGAAGAAGAAACAUGGGGUUCAGAUGCUCUAGAUAUAUUGUUAGAAACAUGGAAUGUUAUUCUGGGGGAAGCUUGUGCUGAUAAAAGUCCUAUGUCAGCUGAUGGAGCACUUGCAGCUUCAAAUUUGUUUAAGAUAAUUGUGGAGUCACAUUUGAAGGCUGCUGCUGAUUCUGCAUUUGAGGAUAGUGACGAUGCUGAAUACUUUCAUGUUUCUGUUUCAAAGCGUGAUGAGCAGUUGGCCUUGUAUGCUCUGAUUGCACGAGCAGCUGCUGACACCACCAUACCCUUUCUUGAGCAACUAUUUUCUGAGCGAUUUGCACGGCUAAGCCAGCAGAGAGAUGUCGAAAAUGAUCCCACUCGAACAUUGGAGGAGCUGUAUUGGCUGUUGCUGAUUACCAGUCAUGUCCUAACUGACUCAGGCGAAGGAGAAACACUGCUUAUUCCUGAAGCUUUGCAGGCGGGAUUCACCAAUGUAGUUGAAGUAGCUCAACAUCCUGUAGUUACGUUGUCAUGGUCUAUAAUAAAUUUUUCAAGGCAAUGUCUAGACCCAGGAAUUAGAGGGAGGUACUUCAGUCCCCGGCUCAUGGAGGCGGUGAUUUGGUUCCUGGCCAGAUGGGUUGCAACCUAUUUAGUACCGCUUGAUGUGAGUAGAGAAAUUGACAGUGUGGGUAGACAUGGAUCCCAGCAUUCUAGAAAAUUGCUAAACAGUUUUGCGUGGGACAAUAACCAAGGGGAGCUUGUUCUUGAUUUUGUUGCUCUCAUGUCAAUGGUGGCACUUACUACAUAUCAGGGCGAAAUUGAGCUGCAGACACUUACAUGCCAAAAACUACUUGCUUCAGUUGUUCGACGGAAACACACAUGUGCUUAUGUUGUUCAGUUGGACUCAUGGCGUGACCUUACAAGGGCUUUUGCAAGUGGGCGUUCUUUAUUUUCAUUGAGUGGACGUUUACAGAGAUCUCUAGCAGAAACACUUGCAUGUGCAGCUUCCUGCAUCAAAGAUCCCGAAGCAUCUGUGCAGUAUUUGAGAGACCUCAUGGGACCAGUCGCAGGAUGCCUAGUAGAAAAUGCUAGUAGGAGUGAUCUUAAAUCUGUUGCACAUCAACCAGAUGUUAUCUACAUGGUCUGUUGCCUAUUGGAACGGCUAAGAGGAGCUGCUAGAGCUACUCAGCCUCGCACUCAAAAGGUUCUGUUUGAGAUGGGUCAUACUGUGAUGAACUCACUCUUGACUCUUCUGGAGGUGUACAAAAAUCAGUCUGAAGUCGUAUACAUGAUACUCAAGUUCGUGGUUGACUUCAUUGAUGGUCAAGCUGUAUUCCUGGAUGGUAAGGAGACAUCAGUUUUGAUGAGCUUUUGCUUACAUCUGCUCCAGAUAUACUCCUCUCAUAAUAUUGGAAAGGUAAUGCUCUCGCUUUCUUCAACUCUGCGAAGUGAAUCACAAUCCGAAAAGUACAAGGAUCUGCGUGCUUUGCUUCGGCUUUUAACAAAUAUCUGCUCAAAGGAUUUGGUGGGUUUCUUAUCUGAUAGCAACAUUGAAGGCUCCCCAGAUAUUGCAGAGGUCAUCUAUGUUGGUCUUGAUAUUGUGACUCCCUUGAUAUCUUUGGAUCUUCUCAAGUACCCUAAACUAAGUCGUGAUUAUUUUGUACUUAUGUCACACUUGUUGGAAGUGUACCCUGAGAAGGUUGCUCACUUAAACAGGGAUGCCUUUGGAAGAAUUACUGGUAGUCUUGAAUUUGGCCUGCGUAAUCAGGAUGGCGAUGUUGUUGAGAGGUGCCUCACAGCAGUAAAUGCCCUUGCCUCGUACCAUUUCAAAGAAAGAUUUGGAGGCAGAGGAGGGCUUGGCUCGCAGGUUAUGGAAUCUGAAGGAUCGAAUGGCAAACUUCAGGAAAGCAUAUCAAGUCACUUCUUGAGGCUUCUCCUGCAACUACUUCUGUUUGAAGAUUUUAGAAUGGAACUAGCAGGUUCUGCUGCAGAUGCUUUGCUUCCUUUACUUUUUUGUGAACAGGAGUUAUAUCAGAGACUGGUCCAUGAGUUGCUUGAGAAAGAGCAGAAUCCGACUAUAAAAUCAAGGCUGGCACUUGCUUUCCAUAACCUGACAAGUUCAAACAAUCUCUCAAGCACCCUUGACCGGCCAAACAGGCAGAAAUUUCGGAAAAAUCUCCGGGUUUUCUUAGGCGAGGUCUCGGGCUUCAUGCAGAUAAAGUAGAUGGGGAGUGACAUGAAAGCAUUGAUGUCUGGUCGAUCCCCAGAAGUUUUUUCUCCAUUGUGGCAGAGUCCAUGUGUGGCGGAGCCAUGAGCAGGAAUUCUGGCGUUAGAGGUCGAAAACGCAUUCGCCGUUGUGUGUUGAAGGGAGUUCAAACAGAAAUGACAGGAACAUGUCGACGUGUUCCAGGAUCUGUGUCUGGCUGCAUUUGGCGGUGGAGAAUUGGACGCCCUGAGAUGAGAUCGUCGUGUAAAUUUAAUUGGGUCUAGAUGUAAUCAUACAGAGAAGGCGGACAUUUUUUUUAAACGGAGAAGGUGGUCAUUUUGUUGCGACUGCUCAGAUGGAACAGUUUUUUUCUCCCACGUGUAUGGGAGAUACAGCUUAGAAGAAGCGAUUCGGCACCUUGUGGUGCGUAACUUUUGCCCGUCGGGAAACGUGAGACACUGGGCCUGGGGCCUGCUUUUGCAAUGCUCGAUUUUUACUGGACUCCUGUGGGAACCAA